CAAACGAAAGUUCGUAGUAGUACCAACGAAUCUUACUGAAAACUUCAAGGAUACAAUUAUUCAUCGGAAAACUAGAGAAGUUGAUGUUCCAUGGAUCCACCACACAAUCCCUUCAACUUCCACCUGGGUCCACCGGCCUCGCACUCGGUGCACGGACAUCAUCCGGAACAAACUCCUAGCCCACCCCAGAGUGUCCCUGGACGCAGAACACCCCUUGGAACGGUAGGACUCGGAGGGUUCUACGCUCAACCUCACGCGGCCUCUUCAACGCACACGGACGAGAAUCGUCCAUCUGGUAGUUCCGAAAGGUACGAGUUAGGAAAUGUUGCUUGUCAUUAGUUGCGAUAAUUUACUAUUAUUAUUUCUUUUUUUUCUUUUCAGUCCACCACCACACCACCAUCCUUCCGUACCGGCGGGGCGGGUGGGAAGCAAAAGAAUCGUCAAGGAAAAUCGGUACGACUGAACAUUAACGCCCGAGAACGGCGCAGAAUGCACGAUCUUAACGAUGCCCUCGAUGAGCUGCGCAGUGUCAUUCCCUACGCCCAUUCGCCUUCGGUGCGCAAACUGUCCAAGAUAGCGACGCUGCUGUUGGCGAAGAACUACAUCCUUAUGCAAGCGAAUGCCUUGGACGAAUUGAGACGACUACUAGCAUACAUUCAAAGUGCAGCUGGAGCUAGCAUUCCUACGGUUGACUUACGCACAAUGCCUUCGGCGCUGAAGCUUCAACAGCUCCUUCAGGCUCCCCACCAGGAGCCGUCUAUCCAGCCGAGUGCGACAUCUUCGUCUGCAGGUGCCCCCGGACAACCACCGCCACCUCCACCACCUGCUCCUAGUCAAAAUACCUAAAUUUGGGGCGCUCCAAAAGCAAAAACCUAUGUGUGCCAUCUUAUCUAGUCACCUCGUGAAUUUUUCAUGCUGAAUGUUUUUUUUUAACUACUAACGUACAAUGUUUUAAUCCUGUAGUGUGGUUGCAAUUUUUCAAAUAUUCUAGUCAUUUCACUUUCCAAGUAUCAGUUUUGUGCAUUAACCCAGCUCUUCUAUCUGUCCGUGUACUUAGCUGCGUACCUUCGUAGGAUAUAGAAAUGAUUUGUGAAAGUAAAAAUAAAAUGGAGU